AUGAGCAGCUUUCCCAAAGCAUUCGAAACCGUAGGCCCCAAUCGUGGUUCAACGGGCCGCGGGAUUCCAGGGACAGCCCCGUCUCCGCGAUUUGCGGAAGAACUUCGGACAGCUCCGCAGACUGCACGAAGCGCACAUCCACCGCAUCGCAGGUCUGGGCCAAGGUGGCACCAGAACUACUCGCACAUCGACCAACAUGGCGGGCGAGUUCUAGUCAUUGAUUUUGUGAAACAAGAUGCGUCGAAAAGCAACAUCCGCAAAGUUGCUGCGCAGGAGAUAUUCGACCUCCAAGGCCUCCGUACACUGUACAAUAACCCUGAGCGAAACGGCGAAGCGGUUCUUCGAGUCUUUCACGUUCAAAAUGCCGAUUGGGCUGCCAGAUAUUUACUGCGCAAGUUCAAUAUCGACAACCGAGAUGACCUUGUAGGCACCGACUUUGGUCAAUAUGUUAGACGCCGACGACCAGACCAGCGCCGUGGGAAGCCAGUCCUGAGUGGCAAGACGUGGAAGGUCCAAUAUGAUCCAUGGCGAGGAAUUAGUAAGACUUCGUUUUCGCUUGAUUAUCUUAAGGACUAUCAGGUUCCGGACCCGACCAGCGUUCGAGAAGAUGAUGGGUAUAAAAUGAUGGAGUUGAACAACUUCGGUGAAAACGACAAUCCCGCUUAUGGCUAUGAUGUUUUUCUUCAGCGAAUCAGCUGUUAUAUACAACAUAAACAGGUUAUCGUUGAGCCGCCGCCAACUGACCCAGAUAUCACAAGCCCGUAUCUCCCGGAUACGCAGAUUGACUGCGAUGGAGAUGGCGUAAAGGAGUAUAUCCCCAGGCUUAGAAGUCUUGAUAAUGGAAAUGCUAUUCUCAUAUUCGAUGACUCGCACUCUGGAGUCCUCGAUGAUACCUUGAUUCCACCCCGUGACAGCUGGGAGGCUCGAUGGCGACGCCUGCCCUUCUUUCUCGCUUUUGAAUCUCGGGACUUGGUUGCGACCGAUGAGGAACUGGCUUUCCACUGUACACGAGUCAUCAUGGAAGACCUUUUCAAAGCGCUUGCAGGAGGCUGGGAUAUAUUGCUUGACCUCGCCUACGAUCAUGUCAGUAUACUAGAAGACAAAGUUUAUGAGCAGCCGGCGGAUGAGACACGCGCCCCUGAAUUGUGGACAAACUCAAAAUUAUGGUUGAAAAUGGAGAAACUGAUGUUUCUUCAAGUUGAUAUCAUAAAAGAGUUGAAGAUUCGACUUCGCGAAUUGACUGAUGAUAUGGAGAGGGAUGACCCUUGGUUGGGCAGCACGAGCGGAGAUUUCGACCGCAUUGCGAACCUCAUUACGGAGGAUUUAGUUAAGCCGACUAAAAAUUUGAUAUCUUUGGUCUACCGAUCUGUUUCCAUUAGAGACAGUAGGCAGAAUAUUCGGCUUAGUGUCAGCAGCAUGAAUGUUGACACCUUCAGCGAUGAUCCCAGUAUCAAAUGGUAUUUUAUUGCCUCAGUUCCGUUUAUGCUGGGAGUCCUUGUAACUUGGUAUCUCUGGAAAUACGCGCUUACCUCUAAGCAAAAUACUCUCUAUCGCCGUGGGAUAUACGAAGACUUUUUCAAUGACUUAGCAAAUAAAAACCCGGCCCUGUGGUCCCGAGAUGGUCCUCGAAACUACAUUGUACCAAAGGGCCGAAUGGCAAAAAUAAAAUGGUAUUUUAUUAAACAGUGGAGCGCACCUGAAAGGACAAUUAGAGCCGAGGGCGCUUCGGCUUCUCAAGACGACCUUGGUGUUGUGUCAAAGAUCAAGAGACGUCUUAUCCAGCGCUGGACAUCGCAAAUCGCGUGUGAUGAGGGAGUCGACAAGACCGAGCUUGCGCUUGGAAGCGAUGACGCACACCUGUAUGAUACGGAGAGUGAUACCAUGCCCGUUGCCGCUGGUGGAUUGGCAAACGCCACUGAAUUAGCCACUUUACCUGCUGCUCCGGCCGCAGAUAGUGCCUUUGAAGGCAAUAAGCAGGUAGCCGUGCCGGCUGCGGAGGACACCAACAGCAAAGCGUACCGGCGAUUUAAUCGGCUAUCGCUCCGCAGCCACAGCAAAGAAUCUAGUGCCAACGGGAAUAGUGGGGUUCUAGUGGAAGAGGAGGACUGGCAAUGGCUGAGCCAACAAGGAAGGCAAGGGAAGGAAUGGGCGCUGGGGUCAGCAGGUCUGAGAGGCAGAAGUGUGCAGAGACAGGGAGCCGGAGAUGAGGAGAAUGAAGUGAGAGAUGUUCCCAGCCGCAGCGCCUCAAGCCGAGGUGAUAUGCUGGAAGGAGAGAGCCGGCAAACAAGGGGAAGCAGCGCAAAGAAAGCCUCAGAUUCGCCUCCCAACGCUUAG